AUGACCCGGGGAUCCACAGGGCGCAUCAGUCCAAACCACAUCGUCUCUGUCUUGAACUCGCCCUCCAUUUCCUCCUCCUCCUCCUCCGUCUCCUCCUCCUCUUCGCCAGAACCUCAAAGACUUGCCCCCAAAUCCAAGAUGGCGAGCCGGAAGAACAACUCUCGUACAAACUCUCCGGCAGAUGCAACUAUGCCCGUCACCUAUACACCAACCACCCAUCGCAUCAGCAAGGCUAAGAAGGGAAAGCGCGUACAUGCCUGUGAAUACCCAACAUGUGGAAAGGUCUUCACCAGAGCUGAGCACCGAAGACGUCAUGAGUUGAACCACAACCCCGAGGCAUCAUACCGCUGCGCAACACAAGGAUGCAAGAAAGCAUUUCACCGUGCUGAUCUCCUUGCGCGCCAUAUGGAGAGACACGAACUCGAAUCGCAAUCAGAGCAGUCCUUAUGGGAAUCCAACACCCAAAAGCCCAUCGUACCCGAGUCCGCUAUCCCGCGCUGUAUGUCAAUGGACUAUGGAAUUUCAUUGACCGCAACCUCCCAUUCACACUCCAUGUCCAUCGGUUCACUCGUGGCUCCUGGGAUUCAUCCGGAUCUGACCAACAACGACUGCUCAUUAAUGUGGAGCGGCGUCGACUUGCCCCUACUGCCCCGCCCGGGAUUCCAUAGCCAGCUCCCCAACUCCGUUGACGACAGCCCGUUCUACUCUUCCCCCGCAGAGACCUGCCCCUCACCUCUGUCGGAUGCAACUUUCUCUCUUCCCCCCCACUCUAGCUCCUCCAUCUCUUCUGCAUCUGUGUCUAUCAUCGACCAGUACCCGAAGAAUAUUCUAAAGGGCGAGGUCACUUCGUCCCCGCUUCAGAUGCACACUCCCCUCCGCUGGGAUACUGAUGCUGGCAUGCCUCCGUCGCAUCUAGUUCCCAUGUCCAUGGGGGAGAAUAUGAUCCAGCCACCCGUUCAGUGCCACUACCCUUCUCCUCCAUGGCCCAGCGCAGACUGCCUUCCCUACGAGGACCAGGUCCAUUCCAUGCACCAGUUCCAGCCUACGGCCGAACAUUAUGACUACACGACCACCCGGGCAUUCGCCUCCAUACAAAAUCAGCGCGGAUGA